GGGUAGGGGAGGGUAUUGAAGAGUGUUUUAAAGCAGCAUAUUUGAGGAGGGGUCAAAGGGCAGCUUAAUUAAUGAAGGAGAGGGGCUUCCUCUUUCUGAUUGCAAAGAGGAAACUGGGUUUCCCUCGUGCUCUUCCUGUGGCUGUGAAUAAUGGACGCUGAAUCCAUUCUACAUGACAAGAUCGUGGAAUAUAUGAAUGCGUCCGGACACGAUGAGCUUAAUGAGGCCGAGCCCCCUAAGAAACUUGUAUUGGAAAAGAACUCCUUUAACCAGACCAAACUCAGCAUUGGUACGUCGAGUAUGAUCGCAGCCAAGCAGCGGAAGCCUCCCACCAGUUAUGAGAAGCAGAAAGAGCAGUGCGUGAAAUACUUCGAUCAGUGGACAGAAACCGAUCAGGUGGAAUUUGUCGAGAACCUGAUAUCCCGAAUGUGUCACUACCAACACGGUCACAUCAACUCCUAUCUUAAACCAAUGUUGCAGAGGGACUUCAUUACAGUCUUACCAGCCCGUGGCCUGGAUCACAUUGCAGAGAACAUCCUCUCGUUCCUGGACGCCCGUUCACUGUGCGCCGCAGAGCUCGUGUGUAAGGAAUGGUACCGAGUCAUCUCUGAUGGAAUGCUCUGGAAGAAGUUAAUGGAGAGGAUGGUGCGCACAGACACCCUCUGGAAGGGGCUUUCAGAGCGAAGGGGAUGGAUCCAGUACUUGUUCAAAAACAAGCCCUCCGAUGGCAUUUUGCCUCCAGAUUCCUUCUACAGAUCUCUGUACCCACAAAUUAUACAAGAUAUAGAGACCAUUGAAUCCAACUGGAGGUGUGGGCAUCAUGGUUUACAGCGCAUUCACUGUCACAGUGAAACAAGCAAAGGGGUCUAUUGUUUACAGUACGAUGACCAGAAAAUCAUCAGUGGCCUACGUGACAACACAAUCAAGAUCUGGGACAAAAAUACUUUGGAGUGCAGGAAUGUUCUGACUGGCCACACAGGCUCAGUGCUCUGCCUGCAGUACGAUGACAAAGUUAUCAUUACAGGAUCAUCUGACUCCACAGUACGGGUGUGGGAAGUGAACACUGGAGAGAUGUUGAACACAUUGAUCCAUCACUGUGAGGCUGUACUGCACCUCCGCUUCACCAAUGGAAUGAUGGUCACGUGUUCCAAAGACCGCUCGAUAGCCGUGUGGGAUAUGAGCACGUCCACAGACAUUACCCUCCGCCGGGUCCUGGUCGGGCACAGGGCAGCUGUCAACGUGGUUGACUUCGAUGAUAAAUACAUCGUGUCUGCGUCUGGGGACAGGACCAUCAAGGUGUGGAACACUGGAUCCUGUGAGUUUGUCCGGACGUUGAAUGGACACAAGCGAGGCAUAGCGUGCCUGCAGUACCGGGACAGGCUGGUGGUCAGUGGCUCCUCGGACAACACAAUAAGGCUGUGGGACAUUGAGUGCGGUGCUUGUCUGCGGGUCCUGGAGGGGCACGAGGAGCUGGUGCGAUGUAUCCGCUUUGACAACAAACGGAUAGUUAGUGGGGCCUAUGAUGGCAAAAUUAAGGUCUGGGACCUGGUGGCAGCUUUGGAUCCCCGAUCGCCAGCUGGGACGCUUUGCCUGCGGACUCUAGUGGAGCAUUCUGGACGAGUGUUCCGGCUCCAGUUUGAUGAGUUCCAGAUAGUCAGCAGCUCUCACGAUGACACCAUCUUGAUCUGGGAUUUCCUGAACGUGCCCUCAGAGCAGGGCGAUGGUUCACAGUCGGCACCUCGUACCUAUACCUACGUGUCAAGAUAGGUGGGGGCACCUGGCCAGACAGGAUCGAUGCUCAAAAGAUGUCCAGCUUUUAGGCAGCAACUAUACGACAAACCUGAGCCACCCAUUCAUAAAGCGAAGCGAUCACAUUUUGAAGGAGCCCACAAGAUCAGUGCGGCAUCAGCUGAGUGAAGCGUUUUCGAAAGAGCAGCACCCCCAUUCCCACCUGUGUCAUGCACAUAUAUCAUUGUAUCAGUGAACAAAGAUUGAACUGGAUCCCUGGCUGUCAGAGUAACCCAGCCAAGAAGAGUUAAUUUUGUAAAUUUAUAGUGACUGAGAACUCAAAGGAACUGUAAAGAUAAAAUGGAGAAUUACUGUAAAGAGAACUGCCCACAGAUCCCUGGGAGUCAGUGAUUGCUUGUUCUGACAUGACCAAUUUUAUAUGUUGCACUUUCUUCUGUGCUAAUCCUCAACUCCCACACCACCAUCCCCGUCCCUAUUCCCACCAUACUUUGACAAAAAACGUCAAUGAACGUUCCGGGUGUCAGUGUCGCUCCUUCUGGCCCUGGAGUGAGGUGGGAGGGUGAUGAAGGAGAACAGGCAUCCUGGUUUCCUUCCAAAGUGAUCACACUCCCCCCUCCCAUCUCUCUCCCUGCCCUUUCCCAAGGUAAAUGCACUCUCAAGCCUCUUGCCUGUAAGGCUGAGGAUGAAACUGUGUGGCUUACACCGGGGAACUUGGAUUGGAAGAGGCUCUCCCUCCCCCUGGUGACUGGUUUCUUCAGCGCAAACAGCAUCGUACGUACCCAGCAAGGACACACCUGGAGACGCAUUGUCAUUGUUACACUGGCUGUGCCCUUUCAGAACUUCUCGUCUUGUACCCGACAGAUGUAGAGAUUCGGGCCGGAUUGGGUACUGAUCUGCACCCAACCUCUGUAGUCCCAGGGCACUUAGCACCCUGAGCUUGAUGAGAUUGGGGCUUCAUCUCGCACCUGAGGCCCGUGCUCAGUCUCUGCUGUAGUAUGAACAUGCGGCCACUGAGGUUUCCAGCCCGGCAGCCAGGGUCAGACAACAGAGUGACUGCCGGAACCCGGGAAGCCUCACUCGUUCUGGUGAGAGGGCACUGCUAGCAUGACCCCAUACACACUGGCUACUUAAAUGAACAGCCCAAGGAAAAUGGCUGGAAUGCGGACUCCAGUCGGGAGCCAACACACUGAAAAUCAGGCAUACCGAUCAAAGACGAGUGUAGGUCAGUCCCCACCAAUGACGUUGUAUAGUUGUAUGCCGUCACCUACCUUCUGAGAGCAGGGUAGGUAUAGUGUUGAUUGAAAGCAAUGUGCAAUUUUAGUUAACUUUGUACAGUUUCUGUACCGAAUAGCACCUUUUCUUUUGGUUUAGUUUAAGCUGUAUCCAUUUUUCUUUCAUGCAUCUGGGCCUGUUGAAGUUGAAACCAUGGCAUUGUCUUUUGUGGCUUGGGUUCAUGUUGUGAGAGAACUGAUCUGGUUGCUAUUUCUGUGGCUGCUCUCUUUCCUGUAAACCGCUGCAAUUUCAACAUUGGAGGCUCAGCCCGAUUGGACAGCACCUUAAUCUGGAAGAAUUAGGCUGAUGAUCUCAGGUCCCAACCUCCACCAACUUCUGGGAAAGGUGGCAUUUGAGGUUUACCUCCCCUCUGCCAGGAGAUGAUGCCAAGCCUGGAUUCCAUCACCUCUCAAACAUCAGUAGUGAGCUGGGUUUGAGAGUCCUGCAGAGAAGCCUAGGAUGGUAUGCAGUCACUACAGUGGGUCUCGACAGCUACAUUGUCAGUGUUCACCUGGCUCCUGGGUGAUGGAGGAAAUUGUAUUUCAGACAGGAGAUGAACAAGAGUCAAUGCUUCGACACGGUUUUCUUCCGUCAUCGCUCUGUCCCCACAAGGGUGAUGGCUACCACCUCCGCCCCUUGAUUGAGCAAUGCUUGUGUUUGUUACGAGGGCCAGUCCUCCACGGUCUGCCCCACCACUGCCCUGGUUUUAUUUUCAUUUUGGAUUUCAAGUUCUCUUUUUGUUACUUGACUGUGGCUUCCGUAGUGAGGUGUGCUAUUUUUCUACAUUUUUCUUAUUUUAUUCUGUGGAUUAUUUAUGUGGUCUUUUCAAAAACAAACGAUGCAUUCUUUGAGAGUUGUGGUUUGUGAUUAAAUUACAGUUUAUCGUUCCCCUGA